AUGAAGAGCCUAGGCCUACCGUGUGCUGUUUCGGACGAAGAUGUCUUCGGCCCAAUUGUGAAUUCUUCAUGUCGCCAUGGCUUUGAUUUCACUCUUUUGUUCGAGGAGACAAUUUUCACAUUCCUGCCUAUUUUAAUUGCCUGCCCUAUUGUUCUGAUACGGUUAUGGACCCUUCGAAAUGUGUCAGAGAAGGUCAAUCGUUCAUCGUUCUAUUUCACGAAAGAGUUGGCUUCAUUCCUGCAUAUGACUCUUCAAUUUACCCUGCUCAUCUUUUGGUGUCAACCAUCCACUCCGACGACAAGAGCAACUGUGCCAACGGCUUCUGCGUCCGUAGUGGUGUCGCUCUUUUGUCUGUACUUGUCACACUUGGAGCAUUUUCGCUCGCUACGCCCGUCAACUAUCCUGUGUCUCUACCAUGGAUUUACUCUGAUUCUUGACCUGCCGCGUCUUCGGACCCUCUCUCUCUUGCCGGAUAAUCAGACCGUGACUGUCAUAUUUGCUGUCUCCUUGCUUUCCAGAGCUGGUGUCGUCAUCCUCGAGGCCACGGAAAAGAGAUCCCUGUUGAAGAAGUCCUUUUCUGGAUAUGCUAUUGAGACCACUAGUGGAAUCUUCAAUCGCAGUCUGUACUUGUGGGUGAGUGGUCUGCUGUGGAAGGGCUCGAAAACCACCUUGACUGUCGACAACCUCCCUAUCCUCGAUGACGAUAUCAAAAGAGCCUCAAACCCCGAGCAUCUACUUGACAAGUGGAACAAAGCCAACAGAUACGGCCGCAACGCUCUACUAUGGACCUUCAUAAAACAUUAUAAAUGGGACUUGCUUGGCGGCAUCUUGCCGCGCAUGGCAUUCACUGGCUUCUUGUUCGUACAACCAUUCCUUGUCCAAAGGGUGUUAGAUUUCAUGACGGAGCCUGAACACGUCAAUUCAUCAAAUUAUGCCCGCGGCCUUGUCGCGGCAUAUGGUAUUGUCUACAUUGGAAUUGCAGUCACACACAAUGUCUACCGUUCCACGGUAUACAGAGUUAUCGCGAUGGUGAGAGGAAGCUUGGUGAGUAUGAUCUUUGAUAAAACGCUCCGUAUGGGCACAUCAGCUGCGUCAGAUGCAUCGGCGGUUACUCUGAUGAGCACAGACAUAGAACGCAUAGGGGAUGGUCUUCUCGAUAUGCAUGAGACUUACUCCAAUCUUGCCGAGGUUGUGCUCGCUCUUAUCUUCUUAGCGCGACUUCUUGGUAUUGCUACUAUCGCUUCUACAGCGCUCGUCAUCGCCUGUUUGGUUGUCGGGUUGCCCAUCUCUAUGGCCAGGGCUAAAGCCCAAGGCGUAUGGCUUGAAUUCGUCGAAGAGCGUGUAUCCGUGACUUCUAAAGUCCUCGGUGUCAUGAGAAAUAUCAAGAUGACAGGCUUGACGGACAUUGUUGCCGACAGUCUCCGGAAGCUGAGAACCGAUGAAAUCGGAGCGUCGCAGAGGAUGCGGGUCAUUCGAGUCAUCAAUAAUACGAUUUCUUACAUCUCUGACGCGCUGGCUCCUGUAGUCGGUUUUGGACUCUAUGUCAUCCUUGCCAAGGCAAAUGGUGGACCUACCUUGACUAAUGGAACUGCAUUCGCGGCACUAACCCUUUUCUCCCUUCUCGAUACGCCAGUCGUCUCGAUUGUCUAUGGGACGGAAGAUUUGAUGACGGUUGUCAACUGCUUUCAAAGAAUCCAAAAGUACCUGAACGAAACCGAGCGGGAAGACCGUCGAUUGAAGUUGCAUGAAGAAGACCCGAUACUUAUUGACACGAAUGAUGAUGGAGGUAAAUCGUGUGUGGUGGCUUCCCAUUUAUCUGCUGCAUGGGCAGUCGAUGACGAGCCUAUCCUCAAGGACCUGGAUUUCGAUAUCAAACGAGGAAAUACAACCAUGAUAAUCGGCCCAGUGGGCUGCGGGAAAUCGACUCUCCUCAAAGUUCUGCUUGGUGAAGUCCAAGAAUGCUCUGGUCAGGUGUUCACAUCAUACAGGACUGCUGCAUAUUGUAGCCAGUCACCAUGGGUCAAAUUUGGAACGGUCCAAGAGAACAUUGUUGGGUCCUCCUGUGGGAUAAACGUUGCAUUCGACCUGCAACAACUCCCAUCGGGAGAUCAGACCAAAGUUGGCGUUCGUGGAUCAAGACUUAGCGGUGGGCAACAGAUGCGUGUGGCACUUGCUCGAGCCCUCUAUUCGAGAGAAUCUAUCUUGAUUCUGGAUGAUGUCUUGACAGGGCUAGAUCGUGAGACUGAAAAGCUCGUCCUGGAUGCUGUUUUCGGGGGCCGUGGCAUUGUAAAGGAGCUCGGCCAAACUGUUAUUCUUGCUACAAACUCUGCACACCACAUUGCUUACUCUGAUUUCGUCAUCUCGCUUAACGGGCAAGGCCAGAUCGCCCAGCAACGCUCCUCCAAAGAGCUCAUGGCGAAUAAGGAUUAUUCUGCCAUUUUCGACGAAAACCCAGAGCAAGUCAACACGGAUAGGGCACCGGAUGUUGUAUUUGAUGACGAGCAGCUGCAAGAGUUAAACUUAGAAGGCGAAGGCACUGACGAAUUCAGCCGAAGAACAGGUGACUGGACCGUCUACUUGUAUUACUUCCGGGUCAUGGGUUAUCCAUUGCUAUUUCUAGCACUUGCAUGCUCCGUAUUCUUUAUUGCUGGGGCUACCUUGCCUCAAAUUUGGCUUCAAUGGUGGACUCGUGCCAACGAGAAGCAUCCGAAUGCUGAUAUUCCGUACUGGCUCGGUGGCUAUGCUGCUGUGGGGAUUUUGACUCUUUUCGCCGUCUUUUGCUCGAUCUUUGUCUUCGAUAUGCUCGUUAUCCCCAAGACGGCUCGCCAAUUCCACGAGAUACUCCUGGGAACAACUAUGAGUGCCACAACCUCUUUCUUGACAUCAACGGACAUUGGAACUACAACCAACCGGUUCAGCCAGGACCUGGAACUGAUUGAUGAAGAGCUCCCGGCGGCUUUUGAAAUGGCAAUAGAUGAGGCUCUAAGCUGUCUCGUGGAAGGUUUCUUAGUCUUCUUCGGCUCAUCGUAUGUCACGGCAGCAAUAAUACCCAUCUGCAUCAUCGCUGUCUACUAUGUGGCCAAAUUUUAUGUGCGAACAUCUCGUCAAGUUCGUCUGCUAGACAUUGAGACGAAAGCUCCGCUAUUCUCCCAUUUUCUGGAAACUAUUAGUGGCCUCUCCAGCAUUCGUGCUUAUGGAUGGACUGAAGAAUAUCGUCGUCUGAGCCGAACUACUCUGGACAAUUCUCAACGCCCAUUCUAUCUUCUCUUCUGUAUCCAGAGCUGGCUCAAUCUUGUUCUUGAUUUGAUCGUUGCUGCCAUCGCCGUCACGGUGAUUGCGAUUGCAUUGGCUUUGAGAGGGAACUCGUCGCUCGGUCUUCUUGGCAUUGCGCUGUUCAACAUUGUGAAUUUCAGCUCUACUCUACAAUCACUGAUUUCCGAGUGGACUGGUCUUGAGACGUCUAUUGGAGCUGUCUCUCGUAUACGCUCAUAUGUACGCGAGGCCAAGACCGAGGACUUGGAUACUGAGGUUCAGUCUGUCCCAAGCUCAUGGCCACAAAACGGUGAGGUGAAGUUCAUCAAUAUGACAGCUUCUUAUGAGACUUCUUCACCGCCGGUCCUCAAAGGAAUCAACUUGGUGAUUGCACCAGGAGAGAAGAUCGCAAUCUGCGGUCGAACAGGAAGUGGGAAAUCAUCCCUCAUCUCGACUAUCCUGCGGACUCUUGAAAUUGACAGUGGCAGCGUCCUCAUUGACGGUGUCGACAUCGCACUACUAUCAAGGUCCCGCAUUCGAUCUUCAUUGAACACGAUUCCCCAGCAGGCCUUCUUCCUCCACGGUAGUGUUCGGCUGAAUCUCAAUUCUCGACAAGAUGUAUCGGACGAGAAGAUCAUCGAUGCCCUUCAAGAAACCGACCUUUGGUCUCAUAUCGAAUCUAAAGGGGGCCUUGAUACGGAUAUGUCAGAAGAUCUACUCUCCCACGGACAGCAGCAGCUAUUCUGUCUCGCGCGGGCUAUGUGCAAGUCUAGUCAGAUUGUGAUUAUGGACGAGGCCACAAGCAGUGUGGACUCAGACAGCGAGAAACUCAUGCAGAGUGUCAUUCGCAAGCAUUUCAAAGACCAGACUAUCAUUGCCAUUGCGCACAAACUGGACACGAUUCUGGAUUACGAUAAAAUCGCGUUUAUGGACCAGGGGAGAGUGAUUGAAUUCGAUAAGCCUCAAGCCCUCUUGUCGAUGGAGAAAUCGGCGUUCAGGUCUUUGUACAACAGUUUCUGCGACCAAGCAUCAUGA